GAAUUCCCAUUCCAAUUCCAAAUUUCCAAUCGAUAUUAGAAAGUAAAGGAGAAAGGAUAAGCGAGAUUUGAAGUUGAAAGCAAUGGCGGUGGCGAGUGUAGAACAAGAAGGAGAAGAGAUCGUACUAGUAAUGGAGAAAAUAGGUAGAAUUCUAGAGGAAGCGAAAGCAUCAAACGCAACUCACAUCCGAAAGCUAAAAGAUCUUUCCGCUAUCAAAUCAAACUCAACUCACAUCUUCUUCUCCGCUUUCUCCAAAACCCUAACUCCUCUUUUCAGUCACUCCCAGCGUCGCCUCGCUUCCGCUGAAAGAAUCGUGCGAUUCGUCUCGGCUUUCGCUACCACGCCUCCUAAUCUCUGCGAUCCCUUGUUUCUCCAGCAAUUUGUUCGCUUUCUGCUCGGAGCCACCACGGCUGCUAAUAACACUGCUCGCUUUAGAGCUUGCCAGCUCAUCUCUGAGAUCAUAGUGCGGCUGCCAGAUGAUACUGAAGUAAGCAACGAUCUGUGGGAUGAGGUGAUAGAUUGUUUCAAAUUGAGGAUAGCAGAUAAAGUUCCGAUGAUCCGUGCAUGUGUCAUCAGGGCUCUGUCACGCUUUGCAAAUGAUGCAGAGAAUAGUGACAUUCUUGAGCUGUUUAUUCAGUCAUUGCCUCGAGAACAGAAUGCAGAUGUUCGUAAGACAAUACUACUUUGUUUGCCUCCUUCAAAUGCAACUUCACAAGCUAUCAUUGACCGCACCCUUGAUAUAAGUGAAUCAGUUCGCAAAGCAGCAUAUUUUGUUCUGGCUAGUAAAUUUCCCCUUCAGAGCUUGAGCAUAAAGCUCCGUACUAUCAUUCUACGUAGGGGACUUGCUGAUCGAUCAACAGCUGUUGUGGAGCAAUGUCUUGCAUUGAUAAAAGAUGAAUGGCUUAUGAAGAGUUGUAGCGGAGACCCCAUUGUGCUUUUAAGGUACCUUGAUGUUGAAACUUAUGAGCUGGUAGGGGAGUCUGUCAUGGAAGCCCUUCUUCAUGCUGGGUUGGGGAACAUUCAAAAAAAUGGAAGUCUCACACAAUUUAAUCUAUUAACAAGGAAUGAUAACGAAGAGCGGUGCAAUUCACACAUCCCGUUGAUCGAACCAGAGAUUGCUCUCUAUUGGAGGGUUGUGUGUAAGCACUUACACACAAAGGCAGAGGCUAAAGGUUCUGAUGCCGCUAUGAAGACGGGAACUGAAGCUGCUGUAUAUGCAGCAGAAGCAUCUGAUACUAAUGACCUUCUGGAAAGAGUUCUUCCUGAAACUGUUGAUGAAUAUGUUGAAUUUGUUAAAGCUCAUAUUGCUGCCGGACCAAAUUGUCGUUUUACAUCUAGACAAUUACUUUUGCUUGGUGAGAUGAUUGAUUUCUCCGACACUUCAAAUAGGAAAGCUGCUGGUGCAUUUAUCCAGGAGUUACUAGAGAUGCCUCCUGAGCAUGAAUUAGAUGAUGAUGGCAAUGAAGUUGUCAUAGGAGAUGGGAUCAAUCUUGGUGGAGAUAAACAAUGGGCUGAUGCAGUGUCACGAUUGGCUAAAAAAGUUUAUGCUGCUUCGGGAGAAUUUGAAGAAGUAUUUCUGGGGGUCAUUGAGAAGCUUGCUCGACCUUGCAGGGAGAGAACAGCAAAUUUCGUGCAGUGGAUGCACUGCCUUUCUGUGACCAGCCUGAUAUUGGAAAAUACUAACUCAUUUCGUUGGAUGCUCGGAAUGUCGAUUGAACCUGCAGAGCUCCUAUUGUCUUUAUUGUUACCCGGGGCUAAACACAUCCACGUAGAUAUACAGAGGGCAGCGAUUAGGUGCCUCGGCCUCUUUGGAUUAUUAGAGAAGAAACCCAGUGAGGAACUAACUAAGCAGUUACUAGUUUCCUUUGUAAAGGAAUUCUCACCAACUAGUGCAAUGGCUGGUAAGGCUUUGAUCGAUCUUUCAAUGUGGCAUGGCCCACAUGAAAUUAGCAAAGCCAUAACCCCAGAUUUUGCAUCAGAACUUCAGGAGGCAAUGCCUUCUGACCCUAUCAAAUUUGUCAACCCUAAUGAGGAAAUGGGUAAUGAUCUACUUGAUCUGUUAUUAGCUGGGCUUGAAAGAUGGAAAAGGACCAAAGUUUCAGAGGUUGAUGAGGAUGAGUCGGUGCAAGCUGUUCUCGGGGAAGGGUUUGCAAAGAUUCUACUCUUGAGUGAUAAGUACCCAACGAUACCUGCUUCAUCACAUCCUUUACUUUUAGAAAAGCUGAUGGGCCUUUAUUUUUGCAGUGAAAUUACAGAACUGCGGAGGUUAAAGCAAUGCCUAUUUGUAUUCUUUGAGCAUUAUUCGUCGCUCUCUGUGAAUCACAAGAAAUGUUUGUCGAGGGCUUUUAUUCCUACCAUGCGUUCAAUGUGGCCAGGCAUAGAUGGUAAUCCGGCUGGAUCCCCAGUAAUGGUGUCUAACAUGCGUAAGCGUGCUGUGCAAGCUUCACGGUUUAUGCUGCAGAUGUUGCAGACUCCAUUGUACACAAAAGAGACAGAACAGAUAGAUGAAACUUGUAGCAGUAGUCCCUCAGAUGGAGUUGAUGAUAUAGAAAAUGGUUCUGAUGAAUUUGAGAAUGGAGACGAAGGGCUUGCUAUACGCAUAGUUGUUGAGGCUAUAUCCUUCCCUGUAAAGAAGACAGCUGCAGAGAAGGCAUAUCUAGUAGCAAUCUGUAAAUUGAUCCCAAUGCUUCGUUUCCGUUUAUCGGAACAAGGGCCCAUAAAGUUAAUGAGGCGUCUUUUAAAUCGUGUGAUGGAAUUUGUCUCUUCAGAAAGGGAGUUGGUUAAGGAGCUAAAGCGAGUUGCAGAACGGCUUCAGACAGCUGAUAAACAUCAAGAACAGGAUCUGCAUUCUGAUCAAGCUAACCUUAUUCUGGGGAGGUUGCAACUAGAACUUAACCUUAAUGAAUAUGAGUGCACUGAUAUUCCAACGCCAGUGGCACCACGAUCAACCAGGCCAACCUGUCGAAGAAGAAAAGUGAGGGAUGAAGAGUCAUCAUCCGAAGAUGAAACAUCACCCGAAUCUGUCGUCCCUAAUAAUCCUAUCACGAUGAGCACCCGUUCACAACGGGCAAGCAAGACUGCUGCAAUGAACAAAAUUGCAAAUAGACCUGUGAUGAAAAUUGUUGAAAGCGGUGAAGAGGAAGAGGAAGAGGAAGAGGAAGAUGUUUCAGAGUUGACAUCUGAAGAUCAUUCAGAUGAGUCUUCUGAUUAAAUAACAUGGACAAAGAAUACUAUUUGUGUGCAACAAUUCUGUCUGUAUUUUCUUUGUAAAUUUUAGGCUGAAAUAUCAAUAUUGGCACUUGAAGGUUUGUUA